CAAAAGACGAGCAUGCGCAAGACGAUCCCACCAUGCAGCAAUCACGACAUGCACCGCACGCUCACCACCGGCCAUCCGACACCCCCGGCAGCGUAAUGAGCCCGUCCGCACCGCCCGACCAUCUUGGCGCGUCCGAUCGACGCCAUGACCGCCGGUGAAGCCAUGGAGCUCACCCAAGCUUCCCCAACAUCACGGCACGCCCACGCCUACGCCAUGCCGCCAGAUGAACUCGAAAGCGCGUUCCCCGUCGACGUGCGCGUCCACCGGCGCACGCUGCGCAAGCUCGACUGCGUGCUCCUCCCCUUCCUCGCGCUGCUGUUCCUCUUCAAUUCGCUUGAUAAGUCGAAUAUAGGCAAUGCGGAGUCUGCGCACUUUACUGCUGAUAUUGGACUUGCGAAGACGGAUCUGAAUACCGCUGUGGCGCUUUUCUUUGCGUUCUUCGUUGCGUUGCAGCCCCUGGGUGCCGCGCUGGGGAGGCGCUAUGGCAUGGUGCUGUGGGUGCCGAGUUGUAUGUUGUUGUGGGGGGUUAGCACUGCGCUGCAUGUUUGGGUGAGGAGGAAGUGGGAGCUGUAUACGCUUAGGAUUGUUAUUGGGUGCUUGGAGGCUGGAUUCUACCCCGUUACUGUCUCGUAUUUGUCGCUGUUCUACACGCGCUUUGAGUUUGGACGACGAUUGUCGCUGUUCUAUGGCCAGGCGGCUGUUGGGGGGGCGCUGGGCGGGCUUCUCAGCUAUCUGGUCUUCUCGCACUUCAAGGGGGAUGCUGGCGGGGAUAACGGGUGGAAGUCGUGGCAGGUGCUGUUCUUUCUGGAAGGCAGUCUGACCAUGAUGAUCGCUGUCGUGGGCUACUUCUGGCUGCCGCACAGCGUAGAGACAGCCUGGUUCCUCAUGCCCGACGAGCGCGAAUACGCCUCGUCGCGCGUCCUCCGCGACCGAGCCCUGCAGUCCGAACCGCCGACAAGCACCCACGACGAAGACGACCACGACCACCCCUCCGACGAGUCCCACGGCCUGCUACACCCCUCCCAGCCCCCCACCCCCAAAGACCACGCCUCCAUCGACGACCGCGGCAUCACCCCACACGACAUGCUCUCCGCCCUCCUCGACCCCAACAUCUGGCACCUCCUCGCCUGCAACAUCCUCUCCGCCGUCCCCGUCUACGCCUUCUCCGUCUUCCUCCCCCUCGUCCUCGCGCCCCUAACACAAUCCCCCUCCCCAGCCCUCACAAACCUGCUCACCGCCCCACCCCACCUCUGCGGCGCAAUAACCCUCUACCUCUUCGCCCACCACAGCGACAAGCACCGCACGCGCCUCCGCCCCAUCCUCCACGGCCUCGCCAUCACAGUCACAGGCCUCGCCGCUGUCGUCGUCCUCCCCACUUCCUGGCCUGUCCCGCGCUACCUCGCCCUCAACGUCCUCGUCAGUGGGAACUACAUCGCCUCCCCGCUCACAGUCGCUUGGAUCGCAGAUAACACCCCCCAGCCGGGUAAACGCGCUCUCCUCCUCGGCAUCAACGGGUGGGGAAACCUCGCUGGUGUGCUUUCCGCCAUGUUAUUCCGCCCCCGCUUCGCGGACAAGGGGUAUAUCGUCCCGUUCUGCGUCACGCUGGCGUGCGUCGCGUGUGCAGCCGUAGGCUACAUUCUCUUCCUACGGCGUCUGCGCAAGGAGAAUCGGAGGAGGAGGGCGCUGCUACGCGGGUGGAGCGAGGCGGAUGUUGAGCGCGAGAGGAGGGCGGGGAAGGGGCCGGUGGCGAUGAGUGGGGGAAGGGGAUGGGCUGUGGGGGUUGCGAGGGUGGUGGGGGGUAGGGGUGUGCGGGAGUGGGUUGAAAGUGCGGCGAGGGCGCCGAGGGAGGGCGAUGAGAGGGUUACUUUUGUUUAUGGGCUGUAAGGGGGGAGGUGUUGUUGUGCGUGUAGGGUUUGUGGUGCGAACUUGCAUGCUAUAGGACAUUAUCUUCACUUUCCUAUUCCCAUCCAGCUUGCUGGGAAAUGCAAAAGAAAAUGGGAUAUACGUAAAUAAAAGCAGAAAUCUAGAUAGAUGCUGUGAUACGUGUUGAACUGUGGGUGUAGCAUAGGGCAGCCUGUAGUGUACAAAUCUCCCUCUCCCUUUGCUGCUUCGCCCGCAAAUUGUCAUAUCAGAGCGGAAAAUCGUGAAGUUAAAGGAUGUCCGGGUUUGCGACAUCGCACCAUCCGGUCUAGUCUAGUCUGCUAUAGUGAUAGUAGUGCAGUGUAUUGAAGUAGUUAUGUCCUGUUAUUUAUCUG